AUGGCUGACAUCAAACAGAGUCUCAAACAGUUGAAAGAACUGUUUCAAGAAGAACUAAUAACCAAGGAAGUAUAUGGAGACAGACAGAACACACUUCUUGAUCAACUAGACAUUAUCAAACAAGGCGAAUUCUUUCCGCUUAUGAAUCUAUUUGACAAAGCAGACUUCAAAGAGUUAUUCCAACUGAACAAUGAUGUCCUUAUUUGCAGCCAAAUGAAGAUGCUUAUUGAUCAAUUGUAUCAAGUGGCCAUUAUUAAGCAGGAACUAAAACAGAAUGUGGUGUUGACACAUGUCUUAAAGGGAGCUGGAGGUGUGGGUAAGACUACAACACUUUAUACUAAUACUAUUGCCUACACCACCCAAAAGGCAGGAUGUCUUGUCAUGUACAUAAAUGCCAAGCAUUUCACAGAUGGUACAGAGUGGAUUAACAUGAAAGUUUGUGAAUUUAUGGCCAAGUGGCUUGGAUACACCCCAAACAUUGACAUGUUAAAGAAAUUUCGAUUCUCCACAUCAUCUAUGUCUCUAUAUGACAUUGCUCAUAUUGCAGCCAAUAAUCCUGACCAAUCUGUCUUGGCCUUUCAAAAAUUCAUUUCUGCUCUUAAACUAAUUACUGUUGUACCAGUAAUCUUCUGUGUAGUGCACUCCUAA